AUGACAGAAAAGUUUAAAACAAAAGAAGAAAUUAUAAAAUGGAAAUAUUGUGGAAAGAUAGGAGCUAAAUCUGAAAAUAAUUUCAUGAAAAAGUAUCCUGUUAAGGCUUUCGAGAAAAGUGAAGAGGAUCCAGAGGAGAAAGAAUAUAUGGGUGGUCCAAUUAAGAUCAAAAUUAGUGUAGAAGAUGAUUUUACUUCUAGCUUCCUUAAACUGCCAGAUUGCGUAUCGAUUGAUUGUGAUCUUGACAGUAAGGCCGACAUGCCAUAUAAAAAAAUGUGGAAAAUUUAUUCAGAGGCGAAAAAAAGCCCUUUUUCAACAACUGCGAGAAAUAUGCGUGAAGUAGCACAUUACUCUUAUGUUUCUCUUUUCAACACACACUAUCGUGCAAAUGGAAUGAAG